CCAAAAAAUCUAAUCUUUGAAAUUACUUUGCAUCAAUUCCUAAUAAUUUUCGAGAAAAAAACUUUUCUGGAGAAUGGUUUUCUGGGGAACAUGACACAGUCACUCAUAAACAAUUCCAAUAUUUAUAAAUUUAUUUAUUUAAGAUUUAUUUUGUACUCCGUUGGUUUGACAAAGUCUUUGAAAAAUAUUUGCAACGGCCCAAUUAAAAAACAAUGAAAUUGUUGUUUUUUUAUACUUUAUUAUUUCAUUUAAGUUUUUGAAUCUCAUUUUAAAAAAUAAAUUCAUCGAAAUGUUGAAACCAUGGCUUGUAUUUUCAAUUUUUAUACUCUACUGCCUCAUCUUCGAUUUUGGUCAAGGGACAUAAACCUUUAAUAAAUAUUUACAACGUUCUUAAUUUAAAAACGUUACUUAAUCCACCUUUAGGUGGUUGGUGCCUUCCUCUCAUUUAAAGAGUGAUUCCAACCCCCCUAAAGUGUCCAAAUGGUUUAUGGAUCGCCCCUUACGUGAUCACAGCACCAAAGAGGUCCUAAUAACAAUAAGUGAUGAGUAAAAAAACAGACUGCCUACAGACUUUUUGUCAAGAUUGUACAUACACCGCCGCGGGCAAACAGAUUGAGGUUAAGUUAAUUUAGACCAUUUUUUAAACUGCUUGUAAUUUUAGAUACAUAAGUCAGAUCUUGAAAAUUCUUAAUCCACAAGAAAGGUAAUUUCAGAACCUUUCUAAAAAUAUAUAAUAUGGCAGGUUUUCAUGCAAAAACUACCCUUUUUUGCAAAUUGUGAAAUUUAUAUGCAGCAGUUUUUAAAGCAUAACUUUUGAUGUGCUUUACUAAAUCUUAUAAAUUUCAAGACGAAUCGAAAGAGGCCAAUACGGUCAAAAUCGGCUCAGUCAGUGACGAGAUAUUCCAGUGACAUUGAUUUGGUACACAUACAGCCAAACAAACAGACAUUUGCCCAGCUGGUGAUUCUGAGUCAAUAUGUAUAAAUGACGGUAGGUCUAGGAUGAUGUCUAAUUAAAAAGUUCAUUUUUCGAGUGAUUUUAUAGCCUUACCUCAGUAAGGUGAGGAAGGCAAAAAAUAUAUGUAUAUAUUUUUUACUGGCCCUAUUUGAAAUUCCCCCACUUUUAAAAUAUUUAUAAUUUUUCGAAACUUCAAAAAAAUUGAUUUCUUUUAAUCUACUGUUUAUAUUUUUGGAUUUUUCAAUAUUUAUGAAUUAAAUGCGUACUGAAAAGUUGAACUUAUCAGAACUUUUGUUAUUGGCUAGUUUGUUACUUCAGACAUAAAUUGCAUGGUUUUGAAUGAAUCAGUCAGAAGGAAUCUAGUUACAAAUCACCAGAAGAUUCGACUCCAAAUCGUCUGGACCAAAUCUCAAGGAGGGGAGGAAUGAAUGACUAGACAUGAAUCGCACAUACGGCGCUCACGAGUGAAAUCGAAAGUUUUAAUGAUGGGUCACGUGAAUGCACAAACCUACGCGUGGAAGAGUGUGUUGGCACAGAUUUAGCUGUCUUUUGAGAUUUUUUUAAUUGUAGAAAUUUUCAGUUGCAUUUGAAAAGUUGUUUUUUUUUUCUUCAAUCAAUGAAAGUAGUAAUUUAAACCAAGAGCUAAAAACUCCAAAUCGGUGCCAACAAUCAUCAUAUUUUUGGCAAUUUGUUGACCUGUGACCUCUUCGUGGCCACCCUUUGGGGAGCAUAUAUUACGACCGUCGGCGAAACCUUGAAAUUCAGUUUCGCUCCAGACCUUGACCAAUCGACACGAUGUUGGGGCGCGCCACUUCAAACAUUAGUGUGUUUGUUUUGCUUUUGGUGUUAUGUGUGACGCUGAAAGAAACGCAUGGAAUCAAGCAUUUGAACGAUUUGAUUGCGAAUCUGAACAGAACGUGCGCUUCGUUGGAAAAAUGGCAAAACUUCAUGUCCACCGCGAAGAUGUCGAUGCCGACGAUGGUGACCUCGAGCCAGACCGCACCGAUCGGGUCCUGCAAGCGCAUUCCGAUGGACGCCAGCGGGUUGUACCUGCUGCAGCCGGCCGAGUCCGUGUACCCCUUUCCGGUGUUUUGUGACCAGGAAACCUUUAUCGGAAGCCACGGAUGGACCGUGAUCCAGAGCCGUCAGGUGGAUGGCCAGCUGAGCUUCAACCGCACCUGGACCGAGUACCGGGACGGGUUUGGAUCGCCGCGGGGCGAGUUCUGGCUCGGGUUGGAGCGCAUUCACCAGAUGAUGCGGUACGCCCGGUACGAACUGUUGAUCGUGUCGAAAACGCGGGACGGGCGGAUGGAGGCGGCGCGGUACACGUCGGUGACGGUGGCCGGAGAGGACCAGGGCUACCAGCUGAUGGUGGGAAGCUUCGUGUACGGAAGCGCAGGCCGGACCAUGGAGUUUAGCCACGGGGCACGGUUCAGUACGCCGGAUCGGCCGGACGGGGACUUUGACGGGCACCGGUGCGCCCAGCAGAUGGCCAGCGGAUGGUGGUUCCGAGAGUGCGAGCCGUUGCCGGAAAAUGCAACGGAAGGGGAGGAACCUAAACCGACGAAACCGGCCAUCAAGUGCGACAAGGAAAACCAUCCGUACGGUGGACACUUUUACAUGGCAGAUCCCUGUCUGGCGGAGACGCGAAUCAUGAUACGAGAGUUAUAAUCAUAGGAUAUUAAAUAAGCCCAGUGAAAAAAAUAUGGCAGAGGUGGUUUUAACCUCGAAACGAGUAUUUUUUCGUCAGAGUGUUGUAACGAAAACAAAGAGCUGUCAAUUUGGAAUGAAAUGGAAACAAUUUUAUUUUAAUUUUUUUUAUGUGACAGCUUAUUACUUGUCAUUAAACAAGCUGAUAUAAAACUUCUGAUUAUUUAUUAAAUAAAAUAAAAAUUAAAAAUAAAUAUUAAGGAAGGUUUUAUAACAUUUUUUUAUUUGAUUUUUUCAUU